CACGAGGAGAGCCUUUCCCCCGCGUCUAUCUAAGAGUUUCCCGAGGCACGUCGUAGCGUCGACGUCCUUGUCCGUGCGUUAGGGUCAGAGAGACCCAGUUCGCGCUCCCCCGCACCGCCACCCGCGAGGGCGUUUGCAGAGAGAAAAGCACGUCAAAAAGCGAGCAAGAUGGCUGCGAUUGCGGUUGCCCAGGCGGCGUCGCUGACGUCCCGCCGAGUCCAGGGCCCCAAACCCUCGGCGGGUGCCGCCAGGCGUGUCCGCCCGGUUCGAUCCGCCGUCGUCGACGUCAAAUCCAUGGCGACCGAGAAGCCCUGGAAGACUCACGACUGCCGCCUCGUCCUCGAGGACGGCUCCGUGUGGUCCGGACGCUCCUUCGGCGCCAAGGGCACCGCCGUCGGCGAGGUUGUCUUCAACACGUCGCUCUCGGGGUACCAGGAGAUCCUGACCGAUCCCUCCUACGCCGGGCAGUUCGUCCUCUUCACCUGCCCCGAGAUCGGCAAUGUCGGCAUCAACCUCGAGGACAUGGAGUCCACCAAGGCGCACAUGGGCGGCAUGCUCGUCCGCCACCUCUCCCUCAACGUCUCCAACUACCGAUCCGCCAUGUCGCUCCCGGAGUACCUCGAGCAGCAGAACGUCAUCGGCAUCUCCGAGAUUGACACCCGAGCCAUCACCCGCAGGCUCCGCGACACCGGAUGCCUCAACGGCGUCAUCACCACGGACGCUGCCAAGACGGACGACGAACUCAUCGCCAUGGCCAAGGGCUGGACCAUCGUGGGCAAGGACAUGAUCUCGGAGGUGACCUGCACCGAACCCUACGAGUGGCAGGAUCCCACCGGCGCGGAGUGGGAGUUUGCGGCGGAGGCCAAGGCGUCGACGAAGGGUUCGCUGCACGUGGUCGCGUACGAUUUCGGCGUCAAGCACAACAUUAUGCGCCGCCUCGCGUCCUACGGCUGCCGCAUCACCGUCGUUCCCGCGUCGAUGCCCGCGGCGGAGGUGAUGGCCAUGGAGCCCGACGGGAUCCUCUUCAGCAACGGCCCCGGCGAUCCCUCCGCGGUGCCCUACGCCGUGGAGAACGCCAAGGCGAUCCUCGGCGAGGUGCCCGUGUUUGGCAUCUGCAUGGGCCACCAGGUCCUCGGUCAGGCGUUCGGCGGUGAGACGUUCAAGCUCAAAUUCGGCCACCACGGCGGCAACCACCCGGUUCGCGGCCCAACCGGCCGCGUCGAGAUCUCCUCGCAGAACCACAACUUCGCGGUCAAGCCCAACUCGCUGCCGAAGGAGGUGGAGGUGAGCCACAUCAACCUCAACGACGGAACGUGCGCGGGCAUGGUCUAUCGCGAGAAGCGGGCCAUGACCAUCCAGUAUCACCCGGAGGCGUCCCCGGGGCCGCACGACUCCGACCCGUGCUUUGAAGAUUUCGUCCACAUGAUGAAGGCUGCGAAGAGGGAGAAGGCGGCGUGAGCGCUCGUGCGGGGCGCGCGUGCUCACGUGUUACGAUAGUGGGGUACCAGGGGGGUGUUCCGGUUCUUUCAAGUUCUUGUGUGAGUUGGACGGUGCGAGAGAAGUGGAGAGUCGCCCGGGCGAAGCAGCUCGGACGACGGGAAGAAAACUAGAAGUCUUCGUUUUUGAAAUGCGGCAUUCUAAUGCUAAUC